AUGGAAAGUGUUACUGAAGCGUCAUGGAAUACAUCGAUCAGCGCAGUAGCCCAAAAAGUACCUAGUUAUUUAAAUUUAAACGAUGCAAGCGCAUACACGGGUCUCUCUUUACGACGAACUUCAGCAACACUUUUAAUUGAUGGAGGCGGAAAUCUAGAAAGCCUCAAACGCCAUGGGCCUGGAAAUCAAGCACGGUCUGAACUGCUAAGACAAAAGCAAGUGCCACCAACUAGGGCGUAUGUUACACUUCUAUCUUUAUAUGACACAUUUAAUAAAGAAUCCAAACGCCAAGGGCUCAGUAAAUAUCAUGGUUACCCACAGAAGAUACUCAAGGAACUGGCUGAUCUAUCUACCAGUACUUCUGCCUACCAACUGCAAUACACUUUAAAGAAAGUCGUGGAACACCGUGACACUUCCAGGUCUGAUAUUAUUAAGAAAGUAAAUCAACUGGUUGCACACACAAAUAUAGUUGAAAUUAUCAGCAAAAGUCACAGGAUUGUAUAUCUUAUCUUCAAACUAAAUGCAAGAUAUAACCUUAAGGUAAUCCAGACAUAUGCUCCAACAACUACCCACUCGGAUGAAGAAAUUGAAGAAUUUGUGAGGACCUAG